GCCAAGUUCAAAUGAAAAAAUAAUAUGAUAAUAAUAACCCCUCUGCCAAGUUCGAAAAACUGUAAAACCACGCUUCUGAGUACUCAAUUUACAAGGUGCUGCACAUCAAAAAUGGACGAACUUAUAAAGAAAACAGUUUACAACGAAGAGAGAAUUAAAGGAAACAAAAAAGAGACUAAUAUAACAGUUCAUGUUUUAGAAAAGGAUUUGGAUGCUUAUAAAUUUAUUCAAGAAAGGCUCACCAACAUAAACACCUUAAAAGAUGGUAACUACAGAAAUGAGAAUUCUGCAAGUUUGGAAAAUCAGAAAAAUGGAUACUUCUUGUUUACAUGUAAACGCUCUGGAGUAUGCACACCCCGAAGUCGAAGAGCCAAAGGAUGUAAGGCAUAUGUUUCAUUUAAAAAGAGGACAGACUGGCUCAACAAACUUGUUAUAGUUGAAAGGAUUUACAACAUUCAUUCAGGACAUGACCCAACAAGUUCUUCUGAGGGUCACUCAGAGAAAAUUAGUCAAGAGCUGGUUAAGCAUAUUCAAGAUUUAAUAUCUCUUGGUGUUAAGCCGGAUACAAUUCUCUUAAAAUCCCAUGAAUGGUCGAAGGAACAAGGACAUACUGAUCUCAACAACCGAGCAUAUUUUGUUACCCCAAAAGACAUUGAAAAUAUUCAGCAACAUAAAGAUGAUGCCAAUAGUACCACACAACUUCUUGAGGGCCCUUUCAAAGACUCUGUUAUUUUUUAUCAGCCUUAUAGUCCUCAAACAGAUCUUGUCAUAGUUCUACAAACACCAUCCAUGAGAGACAACCUUCAAGAAUAUGGACGAGAUAUUGUUUUUAUGGAUGCAACACGUGUGAACGUGUGAACCAGUAUGGCUUUCCUUUAUUUACAUUAGUUGUCAGGGACAGUCACGGUCAUGGCAUACCCGUUGCCUAUAUCAUCUUGGGAAAUGAAAAGCAGGCCACGCUUCAGUUGUCACUGGAAAAGCUGAAACCAACAUUUUCUGUUGCUCCAAGGUAAUACAAACAGAUAUAAACAAAUUAAACUAAAAUUAUUCAAUAAUCUUUUGCGUGCGUACAGGCUCUUAAAGGAAUAGCUGCACCCAAAAAUGAAAAUUCUGUCAUCAUUUACUCACCCUCAAGUUGUUCUAAACCUGUAAUUUCCCAACCUAGAUGUCGGCUUCAGAGCAAACUUGUAUUGAUUUAUUAACUGCCUUCUAUUAUUAGCCUACAGUUGGUGUUGAUCUCAGUGCAUCCCCAAUGUACAAAUUGGUUUGUAAUUUUGAUUAGUAACUUUUUAAAGACUCUAAAUAACACAAGGUAUUUUUUGCCAGCAAACAUUUAUGAUAUGUUAUAUUUUUUUCUCUGCUUUGAAGCUUAAAAUGUUUUUAUUUUUAUUAGGUGCUUUAUGGUUGAUAAAGACCAAGCUGAAAUCAAUGCCAUCCAAACAGUAUUCAGUGAGUCAGACGUUCUCCUUUGUUGGUACCAUGUAACACAAGUAAGUAGUACUAAGUUGAGAUUAAUUGGCUUCGAUUUUUGUUCCUUUUGAUAGAAAUGUUAAUAUUAUUCUAUUAUUGUAAUAUACUACAAUUUUCAAUUAAAACUGUUCUAGGUUUUACUGCAGUUAUUCUCUAGCCACUGUAGGUAAAUAAUUAAUGAAUGAAUAGAUAUAAAAUAGAUUAAUUUCGCAUUGCAAAAUACCCCUUGCAGAAUAUGCAAAAAUGUUAAUCAUUUGAACAAAAUAAAAGGAUCAUGAUGAAUUUAUAAAAAUGACCCAGUUCAAAAGUUUGUGGUCAAGUCAAGUCACCUUUAUUUAUACUGUA